UGGGAAUCCUACGAGACAUAUUCCGGCCAUAUGACCGGUCAUCUAAAUGGGCGAUCUGUAGUGCGAUUCGGUAACUUUUUUAACGACAUUCGCAGUGGCUAAUUUAACUAAACGAUAAUUUUAAAGAUUUUGCUAUUCAAUAAGUACUUUCUUAUCGAUAUUCGCUAAGUCAAAAUCACCUGUUUCGUUAACGAUUCGACCGUGGCUAAGUUAUCGACAUUUCAUUUGGUGUUGUUAAGUUUGCGUUAACCAAACAAAUUUACAUACACGCAAAUACAAAAAGUGAAAAUAAAAGAAAUGGCAUUUGAAUAUGUGGCGUUUAGUUUGUACCGAAACCAUGGGAUUGCAAAUACCCCCACAGUGGAUCGGCGUUUGCUCCGGGACAUUGACGAUCCAUUUGAGCUGGCGCCUUCCGAGUUCCGGAAACUAUAUCGUGUGGGCCCAGAUACCGUAAUGGAGCUCGUCGAACGGCUGGAAGACGCCUUGAAAGGUAAAAGGAUUACCUCUAUAUCGGCGGAAAAUCAGGUUUUGUGUACCUUACGAUUUUAUGCCACGGGAUGCUACCAACGGCCUGUAGGGGUACAGUGGGGCAUAUCAAUGAGCCCAUCCUCUAUAAGCCGUUGCCUACAUCGAGUUACUGAUGCCAUAAAUAGCAGACUGUUUUUUGAGGAGGUUAAGUUCCCUAUGACGCAGGUGGACCGCCAAGCUGCCAAGGAAGUGUUUUCUUUAGCACCUGCGCCUUUCGUUGGAGGAACUAUUGGGGCGGUUGACUGUACGCAUGUUUCCAUUUUGGCUUCUAAAAGUCAUGAGGAAGCAUACGUGAACCAUCACGGAUACCAAUCGAUUAAUGUGCAAAUGAUAUGUGACCCAAAUUUAAAAAUAUUGAACGUGAAUGCUAAGUUUCCGGGUGCACGGCAUGACUCAUAUAUUUGGAGUUCCUGUCCAGUGCGGCGAGUCAUGCAGAGAGCUUUUGACAAUGGAAGCCGCAACAUGCUUUUGAUUGGCGAUUCUGGAUACCCCUUAGAGCCAUGGCUCAUGACGCCUUUACCGAACCAACCUGAGGGUACUCCUAAAUUUCAGUACAACGAGGCGCUAUGCAAAGCCCGAAAUCCAGUGGAGAGACUAUUUGGUGUACUUAAAGGAACGUGGCGAUGUUUAUCGCAACAAAGGGUGUUAUUAUACGAUCCUGGUUUUGCUGGUAAGGUUGUGAACGCGUGCUCAACCUUGCAUAACAUCCGUUUGGGCGAGCAAAUAAAUGAACUUGACAACAAUAAUAUAAUAAUAGAAACACAUGCACAUGCAGACGGUACCGACGAAAAUUCAAAUUCAGUAUCUUCCGUUGCAAAACGUGUCCAAGACCGAUUAAUUACUAACUUCUUCUCUUAAAUACUUGAUUUAUUUUAUUUUAAAUUUAGAUGUUUAUCUAUGCACUGAUUUUGUCUCCUAACCACUUAAUUUUUUUCUUCUAAAUUUACAUACAGUAUUCGUAAUUUAGUUUUUCAGAAUGUUUUCAAUCAGAAACCAUUUUCUCAAAUUUUUUUUUAAAUAUAGGUUAUUCUAUAACAAAGACGUUAGAAAUAUAUCUUGCAAACUUUGUACAAUAUUCACA